AUGGCUGGCUACAAGCUUUACUACUUUGAUGCACGCGCCAAAGGAGAAAAAUGCCGACUGGCUCUUGCGGCUGCUAAAAUUGAUUUCGAAGAUGUUCGAUUGAAGGUGUCGCUGACCGGUGAAGAAAGUGAAGAAUGGGCUAAGGAGAAAGCUUGUAAGUAGAAGAUAGAGCUGCAGUAAAUAAUAUGAUAAAUAACACUCGAUUUCAUUUAUCUUAGUAUUGUCUGAUCUGGUAUUAAUAUCAUUAAACCUGGAUUUUUGACUAAGUUUGAGGGACAUGAUAUUCCCCAAUAACCCCAAGACAAAAUCGCGUGUUUACUCGUUCAAAAUUUUCCUUAAUCGAUGGCAGCAGUUUACAGUUUCUCAUAUUAGAUAUCCUUGUUUAAUACACAUUUUUGCGUUCGAUUGCAUGAUACUGUUUUUGGCUUUUUUCAGUUUGAUGAACGUGUAUUUCACGGUCUUGGCGAAUGCAAAAUUUAAUUUUACAAUUUCAUAUAUAUUUUUUUCUUAAUUUUAUUUACAUAAGCCUGGACCUUUAUGUCACGCUCUUGUCUGUUUUUGACGUCGAUUUACAUAAACCUUUGUGUAUGUUUAACUAAACUUUGAUUGCAAAAUAGGCUGACGUCAUUAGCCGCCACUCUGCGCCAAAACUAGCCUGGAACCAGGCUCAUCAUUGAGGGAAAAAGGAAAAACAAAUCGGCGAGCGAGGCGAGCCGAGAGGUAGUUUGGGGAGGGGAAAGAGUGGCCGCCCCUUCCCCCCUCCUUUCACGCUGUGGAUUCCGAGUUCUGGAGUUCUACAACUUUGAUUCUUGAUUCUAGUCACCAGCAGGAUUCCGGAUUCCAAGACCCAGGAUUUCGGAUUCCACAAGCAAAAAAUUUCCCGGAUUCGGGAACCCGGGUUACCGCACAAGGGACGAAAAGCUAUGACACGACUUUUUGCAUGUUAUUGCUUUCAAACCCAAAAAACACUUUGGAAUCAAAGAAAACCCUGAGAUGACGGCUCAGUUUUAUUGAAAAUUAUUCUGUAUUAUACCUCAACUUUAAGUGUAUUUCUCUGUCUUCCAAUAGACUUCGAGUAGUCCCCCAUUUUUCCUCAGGGAUAGUAGAGCGAGAGAAACGCGAGCGCGCGUGUUCUCUCUCCCCGCCGCGUGUCGCUUUUUCUCGCGUGGGGUGAUUUUCACGCGCGCUCGCGUUUCGCUUGCUCUACAAUCCCUGAGGAAAAAUGGGGGACUACUCGUAGUCUACUCUUCCAAUGGCCUGAUGAUGACCACAUGACGGAAAAGGAGAAAACAAAUGGGCCAUCAUUUUCAAGUUAAAUUUCUGUGAUCGCAGACUAAGUUCUCCAAUACUUACUUCUUACUUACUUCCAGUCGACGCCUAAGACACGACGGGAACAAAACUGAGUGACUGACCCCAUAAGGCUCGACCUCUUAUACAACUUUCAAGGUCUUGACUAUUCUCCAGACUAGUAUCCCACAGUGUGUAUGUCUUCCCCCAAUCCUAAUCAGGUUGUUAUUACGCAUGUGUCGCAUGUAUGUAGCCAGCAUUCGUUUGGACUUCUACUAACAAUGAAUGGAAUGGACAAAACGCAAUUUGAUCACGCGCGUUUGGACCUUCUACCACUCGUUAUCUGAUCUCCCGUAUUUUGACCAUCUGUCACGUUAAAUUUACGCAAAGCACAGCGUUAGAGCAAAAGCGUUUUGACCAGUUCGAUCGUUGUCGCCCGCACCCCGUAACCUUUGGUUAUUAAUAGUAUAUGUACCUUACGGACAUCCUCUUUUUGCUAUCCCAUGUGCAGGUACCUAUUUAAUGAACUGCUGCGCUCGAGAGAGCUCUCAUCUCGAAAAACAUGUCCAGAAAGAGCAAUUCUUCCAUUUUGAAUGGUAGAGGUCACCUUUUCUAGACUCGCUAUCUUUAACCUUGUCCUUCCAAGAUAUGUUUUCAUCAAUCGCAGCAAUGUUCUCCAAUAUACAACAUAAAAUGUUCAAAAAGUUUGAAACCCUUUUUUGUUUCAUUAUUUCAGCUGGCAGACCACCACUUGGUCAGAUGCCAUUCCUCGUGACCCCAGAAGGAAAAAUCCUGGGACAAUCUGGUGCGAUUAUGAAAUACAUCUGCAGACAA